AUGGCUGCCGCAGCACCAUCAGCCCUGGCCAGUUCUGUGGAGAAGACAAAUGGAGCCAAGCUCAGCAGGCUUCUCAUCGACGGUGGAACAACAGUUCUUAGAAAGAUUUUUGAUGGUCAUCAUCCUCCUGCAAACUUGAUUACUGACUUAAAUGCUUAUUACCCCAUUCUUAAUAAUCUCUUACGUCGUCGAGUUCUGAAUGGCCAUCAGUGGGACAAACUAUUCCCACCUGGUGGAGUCCCUCCAGACUCCAACACCUUUGACAUCACUCUUUUGUUUCUUCUUCUGACCAACAUUUGUGGACUAACCGCUCCCCCCUCAGGAUGGCACACUAAACCACCCUCAAGUGACACGUCUCAUGAGGCUAACCUUACACGGGUUAAGUUCUAUCGCAAUAUCUUGUAUGGUCAUGUGACAACCACUGAUGUUGAUACACCAACUUUCUCUGCUCUGUGGACUGAAAUUAGUGGUGUUCUUGUGAGUCUUGGUCUCGAUCAGGCGGAAGUUGAUAGGUUGAAGGCAGAGAAAGGUGGAGAGCAAGAUUAUAUUGACGUGUUGAUUGAGUGGGCUGUUAGUGAAGAGGAUAUCAAGUCACAGUUGAAGGCCUUGAAGAACAUUGAACAGUCUCAGACACAAUCUCAACAGGCCAUAGAAGACAUUGCAGUGAGUCUUCAAGAAGUAAGGCAGGCGGUCGAAGAGUUAAGACAACAAAGAGACGAGGAAAAAGAUGCAGUCCUCCAGAAACUUGCCAGGUCAGAAUUCAGAGGGGACAUUGAUUAUUACGUUCAACGAUUCCAAGCAGAUACGCGUGAGUGGGUAUUUGACAGAGUUCAGAACUGGCUGGACGAUACAAGCUCUCAAAACCGUGUGAUGGUGAUCAGUGGAAAUGCAGGAAUGGGAAAAUCUGUCAUCGCAGCUGUGAUUUGCAAGAGAAUGCAAGAUGCCGGCAGGCUCUCGGGAAGUCACUUUUGUCAAUACAACAAUGUACGUUAUCGUAAGCCGCAGUUAAUGAUUCAGUCUUUGGCUUGUCACUUGUCCCAUGCCCUUCCAAAGUACAGGGAAGCUCUUGUAGAACAGUUAACAAGAAACCAGGGUGCAGAUGAUCUCAACAACAUUAAUGUGGAGGAACUGUUUGCAUUGCUUUUCAAGGAACCUCUUAGUCUUGUUAGCGAUCCCGGACGAAACAUGCUGAUGGUGAUAGAUGGUCUAGAUGAAAGUGAAUAUCAAGGGCGAAAUGAGCUUCUUGAGGUAAUUGCAAACCAGUUUUGCAAACUUCCACCCUGGAUUCGUUUUCUUGUUACAACUCGCCCAGCUACGAACAUUGCAGAGAAAUUGAAACAUUUAAAGCCAUUUGAGUUACAGUCUAAUGACGAAAGGAAUCUAGAGGACAUCAGAAUAUAUUUAGAACGAAAGGUAGGAUACCUGUUUAAACCAGAGGAUAAAGACGAACUUGUGGAGAAACUUGUUUUAAAAUGCGAGGGACUGAUACUGUAUGCUCAUUUUCUCGUUUUGUUUCUCACUGAAAAUAAGUCAGUUCUUAGUCAGGAGGAGCUUGAUGACAGUUUGCCGUUGGGAAUUUCUGAAGUCUAUCAUUCUUAUUUCAAACGCCUGGAAAAUGAACUUAUGAGGGAACUUGACAUGAAGGAAGAAACAUUCCUCAAUUUGCUUGCUGCCAUUACUGCUUCAAGAGAACCCUUACCAAUUGCUUUUGUUUCUAGGAUAUUGGUACCAAGAACUAAUUCAACACUUGCCAAACGUAAGGUACGAAGAGCCUUGGGCAGUGUGUCCGCACUUCUCCCCAUCCGCGAUGAUUGUCUCCAUGUCAUUCACAAGUCAGUUAAAGACUGGUUGACUGACACCUCAUGUUACGGAGAGCAUGAGUACGCCAUGGAUGAGAAUGACGGACAUCGUAUACUAGCCGACCUCUGUUCUGAAGAACUUGAUAAACUAAAAGAGAAAAGCCUAGAAGACGUGAAUUUUAGCGCUACCGACCGUUACGCACUUUAUCAUGGUGCUCGUCACAUGUUGCACUUGGGCGUUGACAUCAAGGCUCGUGCGCUUGAUGACUUGAUAGCGACCUAUUUGACAGAUUUACAGUUAGUGUAUGCCAAAACCUGUCUACAUAGCACAACAGCCGCGGAAGACCUUCUUUGGCUUCAAAAGCGAAAGAUAACUAUAGUGCUAUCACAAGAGAGGAGAUGUAUCUUGGACACCCUGUUAUUUUUGUUAAGAAAGUACCUUCACAGAUUUCCCUUUCGUCUACACAUUUUUUUACAAACCAUGCUGAACCAAGGAGGAAACGUGUUGUCCUGUCAGGCAAUGAGUCUCUUUCAUAACAAGUAUCCUAAAAUACCAUAUAUGGAGGAUGUUCAUAAGACGACGCAGCGUAGUGGUGUUGUGGCUCGAUUUUUAUGUUCAUCUUUGGUGGUCUGUUUGGAUGUCUCACCACAGCUAGAUUAUAUGGUGUGCGAGUGUUCAGAUGGUAUGCUUCAGCUGUGGUCUCUUCAGACAGGUAGACUUGUGUGGAUUCGUCCAGCCAAAGUAACAAAGAAUCUUGUUAUGUUCAUGUUUCCGGCUUAUAGAAAGCUGUCGUCCUCAAAUGUUCUUUCGCUUUAUCGCUCUGUGGUUUUCCACCCUACUAAAGACUGUUUUACCCGGAAUCCUCAGUGACGCUUAUACUAUUGACGGUAAAUUAAAACCGCUUUUUCCAAAAAGUGAAUGCUGCUUCACUGUUUGUUCAGUUUCCAGAGACAAGACCGCGUUACUGACUAACUGUCUUGAUAACACUAAACGCCUUGUCUUGUGGAGUUUGGAAAAUGGCUCAGAGAUUUCUAGGUUUACGAGUGAUCAAGAUAUCUUAUCGUUUGCCUGGUCUCAUGAUGAAAGGCUUCUUGCAGUUUCCCAUUCCACGGGCAUGAUUUGUUUGGUCGAUGCGAUGGAUGGUUUCAAAUCUCUGGCACGGACAACUACCCCAGAGAUUUGUGGAAUGUUGAAGUUUUCGCCUGAUCGUCGAUUCCUAUUUUGUUGGCAUUGGACCAACAAAAUAGUAGAAAAUAGAACAACCCAAGAGCUUCGCUCGUACUGUCUGAGGGUCAGUGGGGAGACCUAUCAAACAUUUGGUUUAGAUGUUUUUUCCGAUGAAGUGUCUUACAGUCACAGGGAAUUCGGGUCUUGUAGUGACCGCGGAUUUUCUUUGGGAGACCUUGUUUUCUCAGAUGAAGCUUCCAGCAUUAAUUUUGUUCUUAACGAAGAAAGUCUGUUGCGGUGCGAGUGGAGGGAAAUAGAAAUGGUGAAUACCAAUAACCUUACUCCCAAUAAUCAAGGCAAAGUGACUGGGAUUGCCUUCAGUUCAGAUGGCAAGUUUGUUUAUGUUAUGAGUGACACGUUGGUUAUCUCUUGGAGCAUGACAAGUGGAAAGCUUGAAGAGAAGAACAACUUCGAGAGUGCAAGGCCUUUUUGUUUGGUUGCUGUGAGAGGAGGUGUUCUAAUUACAAAGGGAGGUGGCGCUUUAGAGUUGUGGGAUGAUCACCUGUCUGAGUGCCUCAAAAGAUGGAACAACCUGCCUGGAAUCAAACAUGUGAUUCCAUUAUUGGACAAUCGAGUAGCAUUCGUAAGAGAGUGUGGAGUAGAAGUCUUGGACACCAGCAGUGGAGAAAUGAUGUCAAUCAUCCCACUAUUGCACGGAAUAACUCGAGUUAUUACAUGCAACAGUAGAUGUCAGUUGUUGACCAGUAGUGCCUCUGAUUCCCUUCAGCUGGUGGAUAACAUGGCAGUUGUUUGGAAAAAGGAGUACAGUCCGGCGUCCUAUGUUACUGUAAGAGGUGCGGUGUUUUCCCCUACCGAAAAGUUUCUUGUCCUGUGGACAAAUGAGCCCACCUACGUACUGGAUGCUGUUUCAGGACGCACGUGCUGUACGUUGCCUAUUAUGGGCUUAGAAAUACCUGUGGAUGGUUGUAAGUUUGUCAGCGACGAGGAGUGUGUCAUUGCUGUUGAUCUUCCUUGUUCUGUUCAACUUUUUAACGUCAAGUCUGGCGCCCUUCUCAGUGUAAUUGACGUCGAAGGUAAAGUGGCCUGUUUGACAGCACGUCCACAACUUUUCGCUAUUGGCCUGGAGAAUUCUUCGCCAAGUUUCAAAGUCUUCAAGGUGCAUUUGCCGCACAAUUAG